GAGGCACUGCAGCUCAUGACGUCACGUCCGGUCUUAUCUGCAUCAUCUGAUGAUGUCAUGAUGACUCAGGAUGUGCCAGAGGACGCUGUGGGCAGACGAGUGAGCUGUGAUGAAGAGAGAGGGACAGUACGUUAUGUAGGAACGGUUCCUCCCACCGCAGGUUUGUGGUUGGGGGUGGAGUGGGACAAUCCAGAGAGAGGGAAACAUGAUGGAAGCCAUGAAGGAGUCCGAUACUUCACCUGCAGACACCUGACGGGCGGCUCGUUUGUUCGUCCCAAAAAGGCCAGUUUCGGCGUGGAUUACCUGACUGCUGUAAAACGGCGUUAUGAGGUGGAACUGGAAGAGGCUAUUGGAGAAGAGUUUAAGUUCUGCACCAAAACAGUCUUGAUGGUCGGAUUUGAGGCCGUUAAGCAGAAACAGAGGGUGGAGAACCUGACAGAAAUCGCUCUGAGGAGUUGUGAGGUGUCUGGUCCGGGCCCGGAGAAUGAGAUUAGAAAGACCACACCAUUUGCUCAGUCUCUGGAUCUUUCUGGAAAUUUGUUGAGCUCGUGGGAGGUGCUGGCGGCGAUUACACAACAGUUGGAGUCCCUGCAGGUGCUGCAGCUCAGUUACAACAGACUGAGUCUCUCCAGUGACCCCAUUAGUUUACGCCCCGCCUUCUCCCGUCUGAGGGUGCUGUCAGUCAAAAGCUGUGCACUCACCUGGUCUCAGGUUCUCCAUUGCGCCCCCAUGUGGCAGCAGUUAGAAGAGCUUUAUCUUGCUGACAAUGACAUCACAGAAUUACUGAGACCUGUAAACGUGCUACAGACACUAAAAGUUUUGGACUUGUCCAAUAAUCGGAUCGUUCAGGAGACGGCACUAGAAAUCUCACAUUUACCCAGGUUGGAGAAGUUAAACUUGUGCAGUACGGGUGUAUCUGUUAUUCAGUUCAAUGAUGCUUCAGCAGGCAACAAGACGGCACUGUUUCCUGCACUGAAGAGCCUUUUACUAGAUGACAACAACAUUUCAGAGUGGAGUGUAGUGAAUGAGUUGGAGAAGUUGAAGUGUUUGGUUCAGCUGUCCUGCAGAAGGAAUCCACUGUUACAGAAAGAGAAGAACUAUGAGACGGCUCGACAGCUUUUCAUCGCUCGGUUGAGUCAGCUGGAACUACUCGACAUGAGACAGGUUCUGUCAGAUGAGAGGAGAGGAGCCGAGCUGGAUUACUGUAAAAUGUUUGGAUUGGCGUGGCUGCAGGCAGGUGGUCACAGUGACCCGGAGAAAAAUCACCCGAGCACAGAGUUUACCACAGAACACCCGAGAUACCUCGCCCUCAUACAGAAGUACGGCCCUCCAGACGAGAGCGAGUUGAGGGAACAGAAGCCGUUUGCAUUAAAAAAUCAAUUAUUAACCAUAACGUUUGUUUGUCCAGACGACGCAGAGAGAAAACCCAUAGAGAAGAAACUGCCAGGGUCGAUGAUUGUACAGAAGGUGAAGGGGCUGUUACACCGACUGCUUAAAUUACCAGGAGCGGAGUUAAAGCUCGCCUACACCUGCGCGAAGAUGGCCGACAGAGAGAUUGAGAUUGAUAACGAUCUAAAGCCGCUGCAGUUUUACUCUGUGGAAGAUGGUGACAGAAUCCUGGUGCGCUGGUCCUGAUCACACAAAGCUGAAAUCUCAAAGACACCCUGAUGAGAGUUUAUCAACUCCUGCACGGACUAAUGCAAUGCUCCACACAUCAGCGUGAAAGGGAUUUCUUUGGCCACAGGACCAUUUGUUUAAACAGAAAGGCUUUAAGUGCCGUCUCUUCCCACGUUUGUGUUUACGCAUUACAGUUUAGCUUUGCAGACAAAGUGUUUUACUCUAAAAACUACUUUUGGCAUUUGUCUUUGCAGGUCAUUACAGUAAAUCACAACCAGAUGGAUGUUAAUUUGACUAUUUAAUAAAUGUGCUUGAAACAAAUAUUCCAGAUUGACACUGUACUUUAUAAAGAUAAAGAGUUUUAAAGAUAUCUGUCCUGUAAACUGUAAAAAAUAAUGAGUAGGCUACAUUAAUACAGGAACAUGGACAGGAUAACAGAAUCAGUUAUAUUAAUAUAUUACUCUGAAAUUAUAAAUCUGUCUCUUUUGUACUUUAUUUAUUCUUUUGUCAAAUGAAUCAUCAUUUUACACGGUUCAUCUAUGUGAAUCAUCAGAACGAGAUUUCCCGAAGCUUGAUAUGAGCGGGAGAGGUUAGGAGAGCUUCAUAAACAUGAAUUGUUCAAAUGAACCAAUUCACUUACAUGAAUCAGACUUUCUAAUGAUUUGUUUGAGGGAGCGGUUUAGGAGAGCACGUUUGAUGAGUUUCUUCACCUUGAAUAGUGUGCAUAAGUGCUCAAACGGGUGAACGCAUCCAGAAAAGGUUCAAAUUCUGAGAUAAUUUAAGUCCCAUUUUUCCUGGACUCACGGCCGAAAACCUAUACGAUUCUGAAAAAUUCUGGACAUGUAGCAGCCCUAAACAUGAAAGUCCGAUAUGUCGUCCAGCCCUAAAGGAAGUUUAAAUGUUUAACAGUUAAUAAAUAUACCAGAUAGAACAAAGGCUUGAAUGUUCAAUGUGGACUUCCUCAUUUUUAUGCAGUGGACGUGAUCGGAAACAUUCUUAUGAAGGACAAAUGAAUGAAAGGAAAAAAACCCCACAGCCUUCUUACUUUAAAAAAUGAUUUAAUUGAACAGUCUCUCUCUCUCCAUCUUUGUGUCUGUCUCUCUUCCUGUCUGUCUCUCUUGUUGUUCUUCCUCUGUCCAGCUGUAUCCACUGCACCCGCUGUCCAGUCAUGCAAUGUGUAAACAAUGAGUGUGAAUUCCCAUCUGGGGCUGUAAAGUCCCGAGCACUGAGGGCAUUGUACAGAUGGACCAUCUGAGUGAAAAAAAACUGAAAGGGGCCAUGGUCCCCCGAGCACCAUCGAGAAAAUAUACAGGUGCAUCUCAAUAAAUUAGAAUGUCGUGGAAAAGUUCAUUUAUUUCAAUAAU